AACAAGUGAACAGCUUUUUGUCCCGUGUGGCUCUAACUACAAAAUACAUGAGUAAGGCUGCACGAGUAGAUAUGAUCACAUUGCAUGCCAGAGGAUGGAAUGAGCGCAAAAAAAGAAACCUGCACAAGUACUUGUCUACACGGUACUUGAAGACUAUCCAAAAGACAAAGGAAGUCAAGGAGGACAUUGAGGCUAUAAAGAAGUGCACGCAAAGGUCUGAUGAGGAACUGCAACAGUGGGUCACUGAUGUGAGACAGUGGGCAGUUGACACUCCAGAUGACUUCAGAACAGAUGAUCCAGUGGCGUUGCAACAUCUGAUUGAAGGCCUAUUCUUGGGCAUAUAUCAGAAAAAGAGGGAUCUGUAUCGAGUAACCGACCGUAACAAACAGCGACACAAGAUCCGAAGACGGAUUAGAGAGGAUAAGAAAAAGCUGUUUAAUGCCAUAUCCCAAUACAAUGAUCUUCCAACCACCACAGAAUCUGUAGAUUCAGUUGAAGACCUUCUGGCAGCAGAAAGCCCUAUCUGGCCUUGGGAUUCUGAACCUGACACUUCCUUAGGCAUGAAGAAGAAGGUUUUUGACAAGGUGAUGCAGCUGGAGAGACUGAUUGAGGAAGAGGCUAUAAUUUUAGAGGAAAUGAAACAACAUUGGACUCAUCUUACAAGAACCUGCAGGGCCUUAAAGGACCAGGCUAAUGUACUAGCAGAUGACCUGGCCACACAGAGCUACCCUUCAGGACUGUCUGGUCAAGCUUACCAUGGCCUGCACAGUGCUGUCCUCCAAAAAUGUGAGGAGCUCAAAACAGACAUGGUAGCUGUGAAAGAAACCUACUCCCAAAUAGUAGUAAAUGGGAAUGGUGGAACUGUUGUUGAAGAAGAUGAUGAAGACCCAUAUGAGAAUGUCUCCACAGAUGCCUCUACGGAUGAUGAAUUAUAGAUUCUCUCUUCUCCACUGCACAAACUGGUUUCCUGACUGAGUAGCACAAGUUAGCUCUCCCCAUUGUAAAUAAUAAAACCUUGAACCUGAAUUUUC